CCGGAGGCCGGGCGGAGCCGCGGGCUGAGCGGGGAGCUCGCCGAGGGGACCUCCUCGCCGCUUGCUUGCCGCCGGCCGGGGGCUCUCCUACCUCGCCAUGCCGCCGUGGAGCGCCGCCCUCGCCCUGCUCCUGGCCGCGCUCGCCCUGCUUGGCCUGCUGGCCCCUCGGCUGCAGCGCGCCGUCGGAGUGAGGACCCUGCCAGGGACCGGGGCCAGCCACAAGGAGGAGGUGGACCGCGGAGGCCCAGUGGACCAGUUCAGCGACGGGCGUGAGCCGCUCCCAGGCGGGUGCAGGCUCAUCUGUAAGCCGUCGGCGCUGGCCCAGUGCCUGCUGCGUGCCUUGCGACGCUCUGCAGCGCUGGAGCUGGGUCCGCGCUCGUGGCUCUCCGGGCCCCACCUGCAGACCCUCUGCCACUUCGUGCUGCCGGUGGGGCCGGGGCCUGAGCUGGCCCGGGAGUACCUGCAGCUGGCGGACGACGGGCUGGUAGCCCUGGACUGGGUGGUGGGACCUUGCCCCCGGGGCCGCCGGGUAACCAACGCCGGGGGCCUCCCGGCGGUGCUCCUGGUGAUCCCCAAUGCCUGGGGGCGCCUCACCCGCAACGUGCUUGGCCUCUGCCUGCUGGCCCUGGAGCGCGGCUACUACCCGGUCAUCUUCCACCGUCGCGGCCACCACGGCUGCCCGCUGGUCAGCCCCCGACUGCAACCUUUCGGGGACCCGUCCGACCUCAAAGAGGCCAUCACUUACAUCCGCUUCCGCCACCCCGCAGCCCCGCUGUUCGCAGUGAGCGAGGGCUCAGGCUCGGCGCUGCUGCUGUCCUACCUGGGCGAGUGUGGCUCCUCCAGCUACGUGACUGGCGCUGCCUGUAUCUCGCCGGUGCUUCGCUGCCGCGAGUGGUUUGAGGCCGGCCUGCCCUGGCCCUACGAGCGGGGCUUUCUGCUUCACCAGAAGAUUGCCCUCAGCAGGUAUGCCACGGCCCUGGAGGAAAUAGUGGACACCGGAAAACUGUUCAGGAGCCGCUCCCUGCGAGAGUUUGAGGAGACCCUCUUCUGCCACACCAAGAGUUUCCCCAUCAGCUGGGACACCUACUGGGAACACAACGACCCACUCCGGGAUGUGGACGAGGCGGCUGUACCUGUACUGUGCAUCUGUAGCGCUGAUGACCCUGUGUGUGGGCCCCCAAACCGCUUUCUGCCAACUGAACUUUUUCACAGCAACCCCUACUUCUUCCUCCUGCUCAGCCGCCACGGAGGCCACUGUGGCUUCCUGCGCCAGGAGCCCUUGCCAGCCUGGAGCCACGAGGUCAUCUUGGAGUAUUUCCGGGCCUUGACUGAGUUCUUCCGAACGGAAGAGAGGAUGAAAGGGCUGAGUAGGCACCGAGCUUCAUUCCUCGUGGGCCGGCGUCGCUGGGGAACCCUGCCGAAGCGGGAGGUCUCUCCCUCUUCCAAUCUGGAGGAGAUCUUUAGCUGGAAGAGAUCAUAUACAAGGUGAGACCUGAGAGCCCCCCAGCCCUGCAGGGAAGAACAGAGCUGGGCAUGAUCGAGUCCUGAAAAGGUGCAAAGGACUGAAUGGGGCAGGCAGUUCCAGCUCUUUGCCCCCACACAGUCCCUUCCCUCCUACACUGGUCUGUAGAAAGAGACGGAACUUCCAGCAAGCUGGCAUUCACUUUCCCCUGAGCGGAACGCCUGCCCAGGCCCUGCUCUACACAUUCCAGCUCAUCCUGCUUCAGCCGCUGGGCGUUCCUGUCACUGUCCCCUGUCAUCAACUUCAUAAGCCAAAGAAGAGCACCGCUUAAGUUCCUGGACUCAAGAGAAAAUGCUCACGCUCUAGCAAUGAUGCAGAGAUGAUGAGUUUUUGUGAGCCAUCGGGCAGGUCUGUCCCACCUAAGUAAUCAGCUCUGUGACCCCCGCUUUUUAAGCUGGAGCCACUUGAUGUGGUGAGGACGGGAUGUUUGUGUCUUGGUCCCACUUCUCUCGUUUUUUUUCUGCGGUUGUGGCCCUCAGCUUAUUUCAGGCGGGGCAGCUGUGGAAGUGGCUUACAGAGCUGUGUGGCUGCAUCUGUCAGGCGUGAAUGUGAGAAAGGCACAAAGGCAGUAAGUGCCAUUCUGAGACUGGGCGGGGAGGGCGACAAGGUACAGAGUGUGAGUGCCUGUGUCUGGAACACUAAAGUCCAGUCUUUCACACGAGUGUGUCAAGUUCUGCCUGGGAAUGCAGCUAAUCUGGGGCUUCAGCCUGGGACCCCAAGACUCACUGGAGAGAUCGCAAGGAUGACUUUAGUAGCAGGAAGUCCCUGCACGCAGGGUCUGCUUGCCCAUGACUUAAAGAGCCAGACUCUCAGGCACACCAGCUGCUCCUUCCAGUACUAUUUUGAUUACUCCAGGGAGUUCUAGCAAGAGCUGUUUUUCUCCUGGGAUGUGGUAAAAGUAUAUAUAUAUAUAAAAAGCAUAAACCUUGGAGUUCCCAUCGUGGUGCAGUGGAAACGAAUCCGACUAGGAAACAUGAGACUGCAGGUUCGAUCCCUGGCCUCGCUCAGUGGGUUAAGGAUCAGGCGUUGCUGGGAGCUGUGGUGUAGACUGGCAGCUGUAGCUCCGAUUCUAGCCGUAGCCUGGGAACCUCCAUAUGCCAUGAGUGUGGCCCUAAAAAAGCAAAAAAAAAAAAAAAAAAAAAAAAAAAGUAUAAACUUCCUAUCUUAGGUGUGUAUUUUUGGUUAGUUGCCCUCUUUUCUGAUACUACUAAGUAGCCUCUUCCUCUGGGGAGCCUGGAGAGACAUCUGGGACCAGAGAAAACAAACAAAAUUUCUAAGAGAUGGACUAGAGCUGACUCAGUGAUUUAUGAAUAUUUCGCAUUAUCAUUAUAUAUAUAUAUAUAUAUAUACACCUCUUUUUGCUCAAUUAUUACCAUCCACAUAGAUGCGGAAAAAGCUUUCUUCUGCAUCUGGCCACUCAGUGACUGAUUAGCUCUUUGGUUUUACGAAGACCAGUGCUAAAGAUUGGAGUAAAAUAGGCUCUGUACAGCUUGAUCCACACAACUUGGUUUGGAUUAAGCCAUUAAACAAUACAAUAGGGCAUCCAAUUCCUGCCCUCCCCGCCAAACAAAACAAAACACUUUGCCCUGAAGUUUUAAUCUGUCAUCAAGAAAGAGGCUACCUGUUUUCUUGUUUUGACAGGAAGCUCCAUCCUGGCCUCACAAACGGCAAAGCAAUUUUAAGGAGAGAUGUUUACCAAAAGCUAUGGCCUAAGGCUUGAGGAAUUCCUGGGGCCAUGAUUUUAGGUUUGGAUAACCUUGGCCUAUCCUUGUUCUUCUAGAUCAAAUAAGAAGAAGCUCUGAGAAUUCCCUUGUGGCACAGCAGGUUAAGGAUCCAGUUUUGUCACUGCUGUGGCUCUGGUUGAUGCUGUGGCACGGGUUCAAUCCCUGGCCUGGGAAUUUCUGCAUGCCUCAGGCAUAGCCAAAAGGAUAAAAAACUUAAAAAUUUAAAAGAAACUCUGGGAGUUCCCAUUGUGGCUCAGCAGUUAAUGAACCUGACUGGCAUCCAUGAGGACGCAGGUUCAAUCUCUGGCCUCCCUCAAUGGGUUAAGGACCCAGCAUUGCCGAGAGCUGUGGUGUAGGUUGCAGACGUGGCUCAGAUCCCAUGUUGCUGUGGCUGUGGUGUAGGCCGGUGGCUACAGCUCCGACUGGACUCCUAGCCUGGGAACCUCCAUAUGCCGCAGGGGUGGCCCUAAAGACAGAAAGACAAAAAAAAAAAAAAAAGAAGAAAAGAAACUCUGAACUAUCCAAGAUUCUAAACUGAAAUGCAGACAACACUGACCUAAGGCAUAUUAUCCCAUCAUGAAAAAAUGACCUCCGUCCUUCCUCACUUCUGGUUCCUCCUCCUGCACAUUCUUCACCUAACAUUCUUUCACCAUGUCUGUCUGAGCAGGAGAAAAUAUAAGGAAGUGUACCCUAAAGAAGACAUCCUAUUUCUAGUUAACCGCCUUGGUGUAAAGCUUGGCGAAGAAUUUCUGACAUCUGACUGCCCCCCACCCCCAGCAUCUGAUUCAGUGAGGAUUUCAGUUAACAGCCUCAGUUAAUUGAUUUCAGCAUCGUAGGGUCCUGCAGUCCCAUAGGCUGGAUCCUGCGAUCAUUCAGAACUCAUUGCAAAAUGGGAAGCAGUCCAGUGUUUUUUAACCACCCUCUACUCGCGGGGAUUGAAGGACCCCUAAGGGCUAAAUUCUGGAUUGUUUCUCUAGGUCAAAUACCUCAGGACUUUGGUUCUUUUAAGAUAAUAGCUUUUGGGGAAAUGAUGGUUCCUUUUUUACAGGGAGGCAUGCUUGUGGGGGUGGGUGAGGAAGGAUAUAUAUAGUUUUAUAUAUAUAUAUAUUCCCAGUUAUACUCUUAAAGCUCUCAGAACAUCAGAACAGCCCUAGUCCAGGCUCCACUGAUGCCCUUGGAUCCACAGCCCUAGUGACCUAAAUCCUAAAGUAAUUUUUCCUGUAUGCCCUUGGUGCCAGAUGUACUCAUGAUCUGAGGAAGCUAUUUCUCUCUCAUCUUCUCACCACCAUUUGAUGACAUCACUACUUUUUAGCUCACUUUCUGGCCAAGAAAGUAUAGUUGCUAUUCAAGCAGGUUUGGGUGACCCUGUCCUUCAGUCUAAUGAUGAAGGAAUCACCCAAAUUGGCUUUGCUCUGGUUAAAAGCCAGGCACAUAUUCUGAGAGAAUGAAUAGCUCUUGCACAAACUGACUUGUUAUGAGUUUGGGGAAGCAAGAAACAAACAACAAAACAAAAGCCACAGAAAUACCACUGAGUUGGGCGUAUUCCAGGUAGCAAGACUUUAGCAAUCCUCUCAGGUCUCGUUCACUUGCUGGCUUCCAUUUUGUUCUCUUCAUUAUUUAUAAAAACACCUUCAAAUGGUAAAGGAGGAAAGAAAACAUAACCCAGUGACAAUAUAGAAGACAUUAAUUAUCUCAGAAGUAGAAACUGAGUUGUCUGUCUCCACCCACUGGAUCUGAAUGCAGGAAGCAGACAACUGCUUCUCAAGGUUUCUUUGAGUGCUACUAAGUUUUGACCUCUGAUACCAAAGAUUAGGUUAAGCUAUAACUUAAUUCUCUUAAGGAUUUAGUAUUUUUUAUAUGUAUAUACAGGUUUCCAAUGUGGCUUGGCCAGAGACGACACUAUGAAAAAACGUAGCACCAAAUCCUCGUUUUGAUAAGACAUCAUCUCUGUUCUGAGUGAAGAUAUCCCUUCUAAGACUUGAAUACUGUUAGAAAAGAGGUCUUGACACGGGAAGUGUUAUCUUGGCUUUGUAUAUAACCUCAAAACCACCCCAGAGUCAGAAGGCCCUCUGUACUCCUCUUCCACCCAGACCUCAAGAUCCUUUGUCAGUCACCCUUACUAAUGCCAAGGUUUCUUCCCUUAGAAAUGAACUUUAGUAUAAAUUUCCUUCCCUGCUUAAGCAAGCAGAUAUACGUGGCCACUUUGGCAGAACUUGCCGAUGAUACCAAGAAAUAUUUGAUUCUACAAGCCAAGCCAAAAGGAUGGCAUCAAAAACUGUUUUCACUAGUUUCAUUUUACAGAGUUAAGACUGAGAAGUUAUACCUAGGAGUAUCCAAGUGCCCAGAGAUGGAAGGAAUGCCUCAGGAAGCAGGAAGUCCCAAUGACUGGUAGGAUAUGCAAGCUAGACUGCCACAUGGCACACACAUCAUGGAGGAGGCAGGUGCUGAGAAAUAAGGGUGGUCUAUAUUAGAUAUAAGGUUCUUUUUCUUCUGAGGGUCGGUUGUGAGUUGAAAUAAUGCAAAUGAGCUCAGUGGGUUAUAAAGACUUCUGGUUAGUUUAUGGGCUUGAGGAUCAGAUAUCGGACCUGAUCCAAAUUCUGGGAGUUGGGAGAUGACAUAAAUAUUUUAAUAAAAAUAGCCUUGCCAGGAGUUCCCGUCAUGGCUCAGUGGAAAUGAAUCUGACUAGUAUCCAUGAAGAUGCAGGUUCUAUCCCUGGGCUUCCUCAGUGGCUUAAGAAGCCAGCGUUGCCAAUGAGCUGUGGUUUAGCUUGCAGAUGUGCCUCAGAUCCUGAAUUGCUGUGGCUGUGGUAUAAGCCAGCAGCUGAAGCUGAUUCAACCCUUAGCUGGGAACCUCCACAUGCUGAGAGUGCGGCCCUAAAAAGCAAAACAAAAAACAACCCCCCCCCCCAAAAAAAAACAGCCUUGCCAGAGUGACCAGAGGAUGUUUUAAGACAUCCAAUAACUAUGCUCUAAUGUAUCCAGGAAGAGCUGAAAGUUUGAAGGAAAAGAGGCAUUUUGUUAAACACAAUCAAAAACAUAUCAAAACAUAUCAAAAACAAAUGUCUCUAGCUCCUCCAGCCUGUGUAAGAAGGUAAUACCUUGUUUUAGUGUCUGCUAGAUUUGUGAUUGAACAUAAAUUUCUCUUUGACUUGUUUGCCUCUGAAUAAUAAAUUGCAGUCUCCCUGCAA